CCAGCCAGCAUCCACAGUCAGAAAUUGAAGUUUCACUGUUUCGGUAGAAGAUCUAAAAGCUUGAUGGGAAUUUUCACUCUCAGAUUCUUACGCAGCAGAGAAUCUAUAGAUUUAGAGGUGAUUGUUUUUUUUUUCACAAUUAAAACUCACCGAGAACUGAUUUGUAGUUCGCACUUCGCACCCCCAUUUGGGGAUGCAAUCGUUUAUAGUAUUUCUGAAAUUAGUAAGUUCCGAGACGCCGGCCGAAGCGCAAGCAAGCAAGCUUCGUUGUGGUAGCUUGGAUGCUGUGUAGAUUUUAUUCACAAUAUUUACAAACAGAAAAAAACAAAAAAAGUUUAAACAUUUUUCAUAAAACUGGUUGGUUUCUUAUUGAUCGAGCUAUUAGAGUGCUGGUGUGCGCCUUUUACAAGUGACUACCGAGUAAAAACCUACUGUUCUUAUAUGAAUUUUAUGUUAAUGGAUGUUUGUUUAUAUUGACGGUUUGAAAAUAUGGAUUCUCAAGUGUUUUUAAAAAAUGAUUCGAGUGGUGUUAAUGCGAAUGCAAGCUUCCAGUCAUCUUUAGUCAAAAAAGACAAGAAAAUGUUAAUUGCAAUAAUAUUUGUAUUUCUUUCAAUUGGAAUAUUGGGGAAUUUUUUGGCAUUGGUUAAAUUAGCCAGGAAAAGGAGAUAUAAUAAUGGCAGUUAUACUCUGAUGUUAAGAUGCUUAACAGCCAACAAUUUAAUCGGACUAAUGGGUGUUUCCACCAUGGUAAUUGUAAAGCGUACCGUUCCACCAAAUAUCCUCCUGGAAUAUAAUCAUUGGUUUUGUGCAAGUUGGGUAGUCUUUCGAUUUUUUGGAAUAAGUUCUGGUUGCAUAGCAAUGAUAAUGUCUAUCGAUCGAUAUAUAAUUUUGAAUCAUCCCGUCAUUUAUCAAGAGCAUUUUACACGAAAAUUUAAUCGAAAUGCGAUUUUAGCAUUGACUUUGGUAGCGGGUAUUAUAACAUUUUUCCCACUCUUUGGUUUUGGAAUUUAUUUCAAUGACGAAUCAAGACAAUGUUUACGCUACAGGGAAGCUAAAACUCUACGAGAUAGAGCAUAUGCGAUUUUAUUUUUAGUUUUUGGAUCUCUAAUCUGCAUUACAAUAGUAACUUGCAACACGUUUGUCAUAAGAGCCAUUCUCUAUAAGAAACGUAGGCGAUUCAGCAAUUCAAGUUCCUCAUCAUCCCAAUCGAGUUUAACAAAGGCUUUGGAUAUUAAUAUAAAAUUCUCCAAACUUAUGGCUUUUCUAAGUUUGAUAUUUGUUAUCUGUUGGAUGCCACAAAUGAUCUCCAUCGUAUUAGCAUUGAAAACGAAUCCUUUGCCAAAAGAACAUUGGUUCUUUAAGCUAGCAGAAGCUUUAAUUGCCUUACUCUUUACAUUGGAUCCAUAUGUGUAUGUACUGAGUGGGAGGAAUUUAUUAAAUUGUUGGUGCUGUCGAUCAAAGAAAUCUUCAAGUAUUCAAAACCAAAUCAGAAUUAAUAACUCUAUAGAUUGUAGUUUAUAGAUGUUAACUUUUAUUGUAUUGUUCAUGUUAAAGUAAUUUUAAGUUUAAAUGCAAUAUUAUGUAUUUUAAUUUAUUAAUGUAUUUUUAGAUUUAAAUAUUUAUUUAAAAAUAAAAUAAAA